AUGUCAGUUGCAGCAGCUAGUACUACAGAACUAAACUUUCUCAAGAAAACAGUUACUGUUUCACCGUUGGUCUUAUUGUCAGUUGUUGAUCAUUUCAACAGAGUAGCCAAAGACAACAGUGGCAAUCAAAAAAAGAGAGUUGUUGGUGUAAUAUUAGGUGACAAUUCAACUGAGACCAUCAAAGUCACCAACUCAUAUGCCAUACCAUUUGAGGAAGAUGACAAGAACCCCGGAGUUUGGUUUUUGGAUCACAACUAUAUUGAUUCCAUGGGUGAGAUGUUUAAGAAAAUCAAUGCUAAGGAAAAAUUGAUUGGGUGGUAUCACUCAGGUCCAAAAUUGAGAGCCUCCGAUUUGAAAAUUAAUGAUCUUUUCAGAAGAUACACACCUAACCCAUUGCUUUUGAUUGUUGAUGUUCAUGCACAAGGUGUGGGAAUACCCACUGAUGCAUAUUUCGCUGUCGAUGAUAUCAAGAAUGAUGGGUCUGCUGCAGAAAAAACUUUUAUACAUGUUCCAUCUCUAAUCGAAGCAGAAGAAGCAGAGGAAAUCGGAGUCGAACAUUUAUUGAGAGAUAUCAGAGAUCAAGCUGCUGGAAAUUUGUCUUUGAGAGUGACGCAAACUUAUCAAUCAUUAUUGGGAUUACAUCAAAAGUUGAGAGAUAUUGCAACUUAUUUGGAAAAAGUUUACAACAAGAACUUGCCUAUCAAUCAUACUAUUUUGGGAAAACUUCAAAAUGUAUUCAAUUUACUACCUAACUUGGUACAACCAGCAGGAAGCUCAGCAAUAAUAGGGGAAGACACUGGUGCAGCUGCAGCUACUGCCACUGCCACUGCCACUGUUGGGUCAGCGUCUGUUGGAAGCGAGUUGGCUACUGCCUUUACUGUCAAAACAAAUGAUGAACUUAUGAUCAUAUACAUUAGUACUUUGGUGAGGGCAAUAAUUGCAUUUCAUGAUUUGAUUGAGAACAAAUUGGAAAAUAAGAGAUUGAAUGAAAAGAAGGCACUAGAAGCUGAGGAAUCAUUAGGCGAAGAUAAAAAUGCAAUCACAGCAGAAUAG